AUGUUUGCAGCCGCAUACUUCAGAGGCGUGCAGUGUUUGGUAAUAGUUCCAGAUUCUGCAGCUGUCUCCGACUUCACAACAUGUUCAAGCAUGGCCUCAAUUACAAGUGCAGCAGCAGGGGAACGACCGGCAGCAGAGGAAGAACCAGCAGCAGAGGACGGUCCAGGAGCCGAGAACGGUCCAGAGGCCGAGGACGGUCCAGAGGCCGAGAACGGUCCAGGAGCCGAGGACGGUCCAGGAGCCGAGAACGGUCCAGAGGCCGAGGACGGAGACAGGAGAGGAGCAGCCGCGCAGAGGGACACAGGACAUGGAGAGACACCCGCACGGAGGAGGAUCAGUGAGGGGCUGGUGCUCUGGGUGAAGAAAAUGAAUGGAUAUUUCUCCAAACACAGCUCAGUGACUUAUCCAGAGACGCUGAACUGA